UGCCACCUGAGUUUCGCUUCCUAGUCAGCUGAUGCCUCCGCCCAGCCCAGGCUGAGCCCUGGCUGUGGUUAUAAAGUCGAGUGCGCAAGCCAAGAGAGCAGAAUUCUUGCCAGAGGUAGCAGACAGGAAGCAGCAGCAAACAUGGCGACGUUGUACCCAUCUCUCGAGGACAUGAAAGUGGACCACGUUCUGAAGGCCCAGGCAGAUGCAGCCCCCAAGGCGCCAGCCUCCAUCCCCGCUCCGCUCCCUGCCUUCGUUGUGCCAUCUGCCCCUCCAGCUUCUCCCGCAGAGAAGGCCGAGCCGCCCAAGCCAGCAGCCCUGCCAGUUUUGUACCCGAACCUCACAGACUUAAAUGAUUACAUGGGCCUCUCCCUCUCCAGUGAGGAGGUCCAAAAGAAUUUAGGACUCGCCCCGGCAGGCAGCAACGCCGUGACCUCAGCGCCCUCCACACCGGGCUUUGUGGUUGCCCCCGUGACGGGAAGCGACCUGGGGGUUCGCCGGGCGGAGAUCAAGCCAGGCUUGCGGGAGGUUCACCUCUGCAAGGACGAGCGCGGGAAGACGGGACUGAAGCUGAGGAACAUUGAUAAGGGGUUGUUUGUGCAGCUGGUCAAGGCCAACUCCCCAGCUUCUCUGGUGGGCCUGCGCUUUGGAGAUCAGGUCCUGCAGAUCGACGGGAAGGAUUGCGCAGGGUGGAACGCGGACAAGGCUAAGCGGGCGCUGAAGAAAGCCUCUCCGGAGAAAAUCGUCAUGGUGGUCCGGGACAGGCCUUUCCAGCGCACGGUGACAAUGCACAAGGACAGCAUGGGCCAUGUGGGGUUCAUUGUCAAGAAAGGGCAAGUCAACUCGCUUGCCAGAGGCAGCUCUGCGGCUCGGAACGGGCUCCUUAUCAACCAUUACAUCUGUGAGGUGAACGGGCAAAAUGUCAUUGGCCUGAGGGACAAGGAGAUCACAGAGGUCCUCAUCAAUGCCGGCAACAUCAUCACUCUGACCAUUGUCCCUGCCGUGAUCUACGAACACAUGGUCAAAAAGCUUUCGAGUGGGCUGGCGAAAUCUUCCAUGGACCGUUCAGUUCCUGAUGUUUAAAAUUGCUCAAGACUUUCCCUCUUUCCGCCGCCUCUCUCUUCCGGGAUGAAAUACACCACAGAUGACUCCUUCUUUUAGUCUCAUUGGAGAAUACUCACGAGGUGCAGGAAGAUAAAUCAAUUCCUUGAAGCUUUCAGUUAUUCCUUGAGGACUGUGAGGUCUCCAGAGAUUCGGUGGGGAUGUAGCUGAGUUUAUUGCACAUUCCUGGGUGAUUCUUCCCUCCUUAAGGAAGUGAAGCAGCUGAUUCUCUGAUCUUCAUAGCCCAAAUGUAAACUGGAGGAACUGCCCUUCUGCUGCCUAUUCAGACAACCAAAUCAGACCUGGGUGCCUCCUAUUUAGCAGGAGAGCCAGGCUCAGGCUUGCAUAGCUUUUAACACCAGAACCACUGUGGUUGAGCAAUAGGUUCCAAAUUUACAAAGCAAACAGCCUGACUCUCUUAGGGAAACACUUGCCUGUGUUAAGUGAUGAACGGUGCGCUCUUGUUUAAGCACAUUGGACAUGGUUGCAGGGCCACCUCGAUCAAUGCCAGAAUGAAAGAGUGCCUGCUUCGAAUGCCAUGACGGAAAGAGAGCAAGGGAUAUAAAUGUACAAAAGUCACCUCCAGAAUGACAUUACUUUGCAGGGAUUCAAGCACGUACUGGAAAUUAAGUUUUGCACAACUAAAGUAGGUUGAAGUGCUCUGUUGCAACAAAUCCACUUAAGAAAGGACUGGCUGCGAUUAACAGAGCGAUGGUACAAUGCACUGAAAAAAGCGUGAGAUGAAUGAAUGAUCAUUGGGAAGAUGUAUCCACACCCUGCAAGCAAACCAGCAUGAAUGCUUGUUGUCGUAUAGCUUCCCUGGAAUCAAAGCAUAAGAAAUAAAGGCUGGAUGUGGUCAAACUUCUGUGUAAGCUUGUUGGGAUAAGCACUCUACGAACAGGCAAUCUGAAGAUCAAAAUCAAGCUAGGCAGUGUCUUGCACAACCAGAGGCCACAGUUCACCCAAGCUAACAUACUCUGGAUGAAUCCUAGGAGUUAUUAUAUCUGGAUGAAUCCUAGAAUUUAUUAUUUAUACCCCGCCCAUCUGGCUGGGUUUUCCCAGCCACUCUGGGCAGAUUCCAACCAAAUAUUAAAAACAAUACAGCAUCAAACAUUAAAAACUUCCCUAAACAGGACCGCCUUCAGUUGUCUUUUGAAAGUAAAAUAGUUGCUUAUAUUGCCUUGACAUCUGCUGGGAGGGCGUUCCACAGGGCAGGUGCCACCACUGAGAAGGCCCUCUGCCUGGUUCUCUGUAACCUCACUUCUCGCAGCGAGGGGACUGCCAGAAGGCCCUCGGAGCUGGACCUCAGUGGGGGGCUGGACGAUGGGGGUAGAGACGCUCCUUCAGGUAUACAGGACCGAGGCAGUGUACAGAAAGAGGGUCUGCUACCUCUAAGUGCCCCUGUGUUUUUUGUUGCAUGUUUGUUGUCUGCACCCAAGGAGAGCAAGAAAGGGGCAAGAGGAAGGGGACAAGGGAACUCUUUCCUGCAGGAUGUUGAGCAAUGAGUAGUUGCUCAUGGGGCAAACUAGCCCUUGGUUUGGUUCUGCUGCCCCUGUGCAAAGAGAGCCAGAGUGGGAGGGAAGUCCGCCUCCUUCCCCCGCUUUCAGCCUAGACCAAUCAUGGAAAGCAAGACGCCUUUGGAGACCGAAAUGACAUUUUAUUACAGCCACCAAACAGACAAAGGUUACAGGACAGUGGAAAUCAAAACCCAAGAAGAGUAUACAGCUUUUAAGUUCUGUAUUUAAAAAUAUAUUAUAUAGAUUUUUCUUCUUCUCUUUCAAA